CGUUAAGCUCCAGUGACAUCUUGCUCACUAUUUGCUCCUCGUUAGUGGAAGGUGUGGAGCGGAAGCAGCGGCGUUCCCGGCUGAGCUCAUCACGCAGUAACUCCAGAGAGGUUCCCGACAGUCCGGUCAGUCCCAGACCCGUGGUGAUGGAGCCAGAAACAUCCAUCUGUAAAGAGCGUUUUGUGCCGCCUGAGCUCAGCAUCUGGGAUUAUUUCAUCGCAAAGCCGUACCUGCCUCCGUCUGCCAGCCGAGUGGAGUACGACUCUGAGGAGAGCCAAGGCAGUGAGGAAGAGGAGGAUGAGGAAGAUGAGGAUGAAGGAGAUUCCUUUGAUUCCGACUCUCCACUGGCAGAGCAUUCCAACAAUAACUCGUACAG